UGUGCCGCCCGCUAGAGCAUUCAUCAUAGAAACGUGUUCAGUGAUCGCGUGAGUGAGAGGGAGUAAAGAAGGAGGGAGAGACAGACAGAGAGAAAGAGACAGAGAGAGAGCGGUGGAAGUGUCGCACAUUACCGAUGGGAAACAAACAUUAACGGGAUAAUCCCAGUUUCCUUCUCGUCCUCCUUUCCCUCACUCACGCACUCACUCACACUGAGAACCUGCGUAGCACGGGUCGGUGGAUUAUUCCUCUUCAUUUCAAACCUUGAGCGGAGAAUUUGACUUGCCAGUUGUCUGCCUGUUCCAGCGCUGUGUUUUUAUUCAUGAUAAGUAGUAGGCUAUUGCCGUCCCGGAUUUAAAGUUAAUUCCCUUUUCUGAACGGGCUCGAGGAUUUUCCCCUGUACAGUUCAACUGGACAAGCCUUGUGAAAACGCCCGGUGUAACGCACACGAAUAUCAGACAGAGCAGCUCGCGAGGAGAAAAGAGUGAAUGCCAGAGGAAUUGAGAGAAGAAGAAUCGAGAGAAUACUGCUGUGAGGAUUUGGAAGACGAGAAGAAGAGCAGGACUUUUGGGAUAGGAGAGAAAGAGAAGAAGAACAGGACUUUUGGGAUAGAGUAGAAGAACAGGACUUUUGGGAUAGGAGAGAAAGAGAAGAAGAACAGGACUUUUGGGAUAGGAGAGAAAGAGAAGAAGAACAGGACUUUUGGGAUAGAGUAGAAGAACAGGACUUUUGGGAUAGGAGAGAAAGAGAAGAAGAACAGGACUUUUGGGAUAGGAGAGAAAGAGAAGAAGAACAGGACUUUUGGGAUAGAGUAGAAGAACAGGACUUUUGGGAUAGGAGAGAAAGAGAAGAAGAACAGGACUUUUGGGAUAGGAGAGAAAGAGAAGAAGAACAGGACUUUUGGGAUAGGAGAGAAAGAGAAGAAGAACAGGACUUUUGGGAUAGGAGAGAAAGAGAAGAAGAACAGGACUUUUGGGAUAGAGUAGAAGAACAGGACUUUUGGGAUAGGAGAGAAAGAGAAGAAGAACAGGACUUUUGGGAUAGGAGAGAAAGAGAAGAAGAACAGGACUUUUGGGAUAGGAGAGAAAGAGAAGAAGAACAGGACUUUUGGGAUAGGAGAUAAAGAGAAGAAGAACAGGACUUUUGGGAUAGGAGAGAAAGAGAAGGAGAACAGGACUUUUGGGAUAGAGUAGAAGAACAGGCCUUUUGGGAUAGAGUAGAAGAACAGGACUUUUGGGAUAGGAGAGAAAGAGAAGAAGAACAGGACUUUUGGGAUAGGAGAGAAAGAGAAGGAGAGAAGAUGGGGAGGAAAAAGAUCCAGAUAGCACGGAUUAUGGAUGAACGUAACAGACAGGUGACAUUCACAAAGCGGAAGUUUGGCCUGAUGAAGAAGGCGUAUGAGCUGAGUGUUCUGUGUAACUGUGAGAUCGCCCUCAUCAUCUUCAACAGCACCAAUAAAUUGUUCCAGUAUGCCAGCACUGACAUGGACAAGGUCCUGCUCAAAUACACAGAGUACAACGAACCUCACGAGAGCAGGACUAACUCCGACAUCGUGGAAACUCUGCGUAAGAAGGGUCUAAAUGGUUGUGACAGUCCCGACAUCGAGGCAGACGACUCUGCUGGUCAGAGCCCCGAGUCAGAGGACAAAUACCGCAAAAUCAAUGAAGACAUUGACCUCCUGAUCAGCAGACAGAGACUCUGUCAGGCUCUCCCCCCGCCUAACUAUGACAUAGUUGGCUCCAUCCAGGGCCAAAACAACAGUGGACUACUAUACUCUCACCCCGGGGUGGGGGGAUCCUUGUAUAACCACAGUCUUCUGCCUCUUUGCCAAACACACUCUGGCCUGCAGAGGAACAGCAUGUCGCCUGGACCCCAACACACACACCAACCCCCCAGUGCUGGAAACUCAGGAGGGAUGAUGGGUUCAGAGCUGUCUAACACCGUCUCCAACGCUGGUAGUGGUAACUAUGGUAACCACCGUAUCUCACCGGGGCUGUUAUCUCAAGGAGGCAUGGCCAACACUUCACCCCCGAUGAUUCAGGCCAAGACUUCGCCCCCGAUGAACUCCAUGACCCUGAUUGGCAACCGCAAGCCGGACCUCCGCACGCUGCUACCCCCUGGCAACAAGAACAACAUGCCCUCCAUCAACCAGAGAAUAAACCACUCCCAGUCUGCCCAGACAUUGGCUACCCCCGCAGUCUCCAUAGCAACACCUACUCUGCCCGGGCAGGGUAUUGUAGGGUACCCCUCUGCCCUCUCCACCUCAUAUGACACAGAGUACUCUCUGGGUGACCUGUCAGGGUUUGGUAACAGAUCAGGAUCUCUCCACCUGGGAUCAGUAACAGGCUGGCAGCAACAACCGCUACAGAAUAUACAGCACUCAGCACUGGGACACAUGGGAAACAUUUGUCAGAACUCCAACCUUAACCUCCAGAAUGUCCAUCAGAACCUCUACAUCAAGUCAGAGCCCACCUCCCCGCCCAGAGAUCGAGGCAUCGGAUUUGUCAACGGAGGGAUGGGGGGUGUGUCCCAUGGCUACCCAACAAAUCAGGGCCCCGCGGAGGCAGGGCAGUCUCCUGGCGACAGCCUAUCCAGCUGUGGCAGCUCAUACGAUGGCAGUGAUCGAGAGGAUCACCGCGGAAAUGACAACUUCCUGCUACACCCGAUGUCCAAUCAGGAGCGCCACAGCCCGUCCCUCAAACGAAUGCGCCUAUCAAAAUGCUGGGCUACAUGAUAAGGCAUGCCUCUUAUUCACAGAGGGGGAGGGGCUUGUUUAGUGUUAUUAUGACUAUUAUUAAGCUUGUGUCCAAAAUGGCACACUUUUCCCUAUAUAGUGCUCUUGCCAAAAGUAGUGCGUUUUAUAGGGAAUAGGGUGCGAUUUCAGAUUUGCCCUAUAUUCUUCUUGUGCAGAGUGAGAGUGUUCCACUAUAACAGGGACAUUAUAUACAGGAGUGUGGAGGGAAUAUAACAGUGACAGACUGGGUCUGAAAUGGAACCCUAUUGCCCACGUAGUGCACUAACUAUGGGGAAAUAGGGAGUGAUUUGAGACAACCAGUGAUAUUAUACAGGAGUGAGGGUGGAUAUGGUGUGGGGGAGUCAGUGUGGGAGGUCUGUUGCCUGUGUUGUGUAUUUGUGGGAGAGAGAGGAAAUCAGUAACUUAAUAUGUACGCUAUGUAAACUAACUAACAAAGGUUGAAGAAGUCUGGUACUCUGUAUGGAUAAGAUACUGGUGAGUCACUAAUAUACUAGGAGACACAAGGACAGGCACUGUGAGUGGACACGUGUGUGUGUGUGCGUGCGUGCGUGCGUGUUCGCUCGCUACCUAGGCUCUGAUGUCCCAAUCUGCAGCUGGCUGACUAGCAGAUAGAGUGAGUGUUCACUACAACCCAUUAAUGUUGCCGGUUCAACAUAUUUAUGUGUAUAUAUAAAUGAAGAACACGGGAGGAUUUGGCAGACAGAGAGAGAAAAUGAAAGGGAUAGAGAGAUAGACAGAGAAGGGAGGUAAAGACUGAUGGAGAAAGGAAGAGAGCAAUAGAAGGAGACAGAGAAAAAGGACAACGAUAGGGGGAGAGGGAAGAAGGAGAGGGUGAAAGCCAUUAUGCAACAGGUUGCACAAAGCUGGAACUAUAGAAUAAUAGUGAUUGAUCGAUCAAGAAUAUUCUAAUUAUACAGCUGGAACCCUGGACAACUAGAAUGUCUCACUUGAAAUGAAGGCGCCUAGGAAUUGUAGUUCAACUCAGUCAGAAUACUUUUUAAGAGCCAUAUGCUAACAAAUACUAUCUGAGUCAUAUACACUACAGUGCUACUCAUUCAGAUGGAGAGAAAGAGAGACUGUUUUACCAGCCAGAUAGACAGCCACAUGGAGGAGGUGGUGUGAGUUAAAACAGAACUCCCAAAGCCAUAUUAUUAUAAAAUGGGAAGUCAACGCUUUGCUGCACAAACAAGUGGUUUCUCUUUAUGGUAUUUUGAAAAUAUUUUGAAAAUCAAAACUAUGAAAUAACACAUAUGGAAUCAUGUAGUAACCAAAAAAGUGUUAAACAAAUCAAAAUCGAUUUU